CAAACAUACAAUCCACUUUUCACCUACUGUUCCAUACUACCUAGGCUUACACUUGGGACAUAAUUCCAGUUGGUAUGCCUCACCAGUAGUCGUCCCUAACAUCCUAUGUCCUGUAACGACGUCCUGCGUGGCGUAUCUAUACAGCUCUACCCGACCCUGCUAUAGCGCAAACUUUGUGUGGUUUAUCACUACAGUGAAGACAGUAAAGACAGCCUCGACUCUAACGAUGGCGUGGAGCGGUGAGGUCAUCGGACAUCUUGGCGUUCUCAGCAGCCCGCUGGCCGCAUGCUACGCUGCUCGGCUGUUUACUCAACUAGUCAGACACAUAGAUGGUGUCACCAGUGGCUUUGAGGCUUGCCAAGUAGGACCUCAGCGUCCUGCUUUAAAUGCCCCUUCGCUGGACUGCAGCGCCCAGGCUCCGGAUGAACCAUGCAAGACCGACUGCGUUGAUGGACCGGCCAUCGUGCAAUACUCCAACGCAGCCUUUGGCCGCCAGAGCGACAGCGAGUGCAGCACCUCCUCGGAGGACUGCGUUGGAGAAGACUUGGACUUCUGCAUUCUAACGCCACAUCAAGCCCUCGACGCACUGGGCGGCCAGGCGUCACAAUACACCAAGAUUUACCACAACAGCCUUCCCUUUGUGGCGGACGAAACCGAGCCCGGAACGGUACUGUCCAUGGAGGCGGUCGCUGACCGUAUCCAAGCUGUCAGCACUCCGUCAUUUGAGCCAAGCGCGCCGCACGCGAUCCCACAAGCCGAGAGCCCGCGACCCAUCCCGUCGGCCGAGACCGAGGAGCCACUCUGCAGUCACGCUAGUAGCCAGGCCUUGUCGGCCCCCUCGAGCUGCCGCAGUAUUCUUUCAGAGUUUACUGCCUCAAGUAGCUUCGACAGCCUGUCCUCCGAACGGAGCAGCUUUGACGCCGCUGUGGGUCAUUUCUCACCACUGUCGCAAUGCCGAGGGCAACAACGUGUAUCCUCCGGAAGCAGCCCGCUCAGUAGCCCUUUCACCGCCGCCUCAUACGCCCAAUCAGUCAUCAUGGACUGCGCGACCUAUCAAGAUGCACGCCCAAGCUGCGACUGCGAUGGGCCACAGACAGUUGGGUCAUGCCCUGAGGCUGGCGCUGCGGACGGGGACGCAGUGUCGACAUGUGACCUCAUCGGUCGGCCGUCCACGCCCCUGCCCAUCGGCGACUCCUGGGUCCAUGCGCGAAGCUCCUCCCCGAUGGGGUAUGUGCGGCCCGCGACAAGAUCCCUCGUUCACCAGGAGCCGCCGAAGCAUCACCACUGGAUGCUUUCAGGCGCCCCCGCCUCGCCUCCGCCACCGUCGCUGCCGUCGCCCGUUCCCCUGUCUGCGGUCGCUCUUUCCCACGUCGAAGUCAUGCGGCCUUCUCCCGCAACGAGCAGUGACGAAUUGCUAGAAGACUGGAUCCAUGACCGGCGCGUAAGCGUGGCUUCGGAGCCGCCAGCAUCAGCCUGCGAGGAGCGCGCCCCGGCAACCUUGUCCACACGACAAGGGUCAUCGGCUUUGCGCCUGCCCUCGCAGGCAUGCUGCUCUGUGUCGGCUUUGGAGGCGGUUGUUUCUGUUGGAUUGCACAAGGCGCCCGCUCUGCCGCUUCCGGUCGGCUCACCGGACGACGAGUCGGUGCCGCCUGCGCUACGCUACUACCUCGCACAGGCCCGCGCUGCCGGUGAUGGCGAGGCGGAGGACUUGGAUGGAGGGCAGCGGCGCAGCAGCAGCAGUGGCAGUGUUCGCUCGCUUGAAAGCGCUGACAGCGCCGUGCAGCCUGGCUUUGUGCGUGCAACCGUGGAGCAGCUUAACUCGCAGGGCGCCGUGUGCGGCCAGGUGCUGCUGCCAUUUGCGUCGUCCAAGGCCUGCAGCCAACCUCGGAUACUGGCUCGUGGAGCGUAGACUGGUGUUGCUGCCGCAUUCAUGUGGUGUAGUGAGCUUAUGUUGUAAUCUAGUGUGCCUUAGCUCGCUGUGGCGUGCGCUGAAAAAGCACGUGCAGUACUGUAGUUGACGACUAGAUGCCUAGCCUUAGCCCUGAGGAAGAAAAUUUUAUCAGUUAUGGAAGGAAGCUUAGGAAGCUUAGGCUAGGCUGAGUUGUAUGGGCCAUUGCCCCGCACAUUGCGUUAAAGUGUUAGGCUCCGGUCACCUGCUAGGGGUUGGAAGUUGUGUGUCAUCUGAAGUCCUGACAACGAAGAGUAGGCCCCAGCUGGGAUGCAGGUGCUGUGCCGGUUUUGCCGUUGUACUUUUCAUAAUAGGUGUGUCCUCGGUUUGCGAUGAAUUGUGCACGGAUCUUGGUUCCACAGAUUGCAUACGACGGGUUGUGAUUGCCGUCUAAGGGAACGCUGAUCCCACCUGCACAAUUCAUGCAUAGUGUUGUUAAGCUUCAUGACUUAGUUGUAGACUUUCAAACAGAUAGAUUUACCGUGGCCUGCUGUGCAGCUGAUGAGCGGGCAUGCCGCGCAUGCGUCGAAACCCGGACUGGAACAGGGGGGCGGUCAUGGGAGCUAUAGCUCCCCUUGCUGAACCUGUUGAUGCUCCAAUAUGCAAUGUAUGUUUCAACCAUCAAUACUAGGGAAACCAACAUGUAACCUCGAGACGCGUAA